UAAAAAUGAAUAUAAGAACGAAUGAUUUUAAUAAACGGUAGUUAAUUAACUCUACUAUGGCCGAAACUACACAAAUUGAGUUACCGGAGAUACCGGAGGGUUCAAUGGAUCAGAAUGAAGGGGAACCUGAUGAUUUUGAAGUUGCCGACGGUGAAUGGAAUGCUGCCAUGUCUGCUUUUGACAGAUCAGUGUCUGUAUUUAGCCAGGGUACACUUUGGAGCGAUGAUGACGCAUAUGAAGUUCUCGAUGAGUUUGAUGAGGACUUCUGUGAUGAACCUGAUGAUACAAUCCAAGGGGAAGGUACCAGGUUGACGCGAAUCCCAUUCUCCAGCAUUCAUGAUGGUUCAAAGGAUGUCCCAUUCCACCAGCGCAGACACUUCAUCCCAGGGCAGAAGAUUAAGGUCCAGAUCAUUGACAUUGAGAAAGACCCAAAUGCUCACCGAACCAGUCUGAACCCAUUCUAUUAUGUGAUACAACUUAGCCAUGGUGAUCAGCAAUGGAUGGUCAGACGAAAGUUCAAUCAUUUCCGAAGCCUUCAUGACUCGUUGACGCUCUUCAAGACAAAAGUGGCACUUCCUGUCCCUACUCGACAGCAUAGAGACAGGAGAAAAAGCUUCAAGUUUAAUCGGAAGUCAAUGUCCAGAUUUCCCAAGAUGCCAGAUGCACUGGUUAAGCCUGAGAACAUGGAAAGAAGAAAGAGACAAUUGGAGCUUUACUUACAAAACAUGCUGAGAACCCCAAUGUACAGGAACCACAUAGAAACACUCCAUUUUUUGGAAGUGAGCCACUUGUCUUUCGUGCAGCAUCUCGGCAUAAAGCGACAAGAAGGCUUUGUUUUAAAACGUACAGGAGGUCGUCAUGUCAACCUUGGAUGCUGCAAAUGCUUCACUUGUUGCGCUAAACUUACCUUUACAGUCUCUGAAAGAUGGAGCAAGAGGUGGCUUGUUGUGAAGGACACUUUUAUCGCCUAUCUCCACGACCAAAAUGGCCGCAUUCGUGACGUCAUGCUGAUGGACAAAGACUUCAAAGUGACCUCUGGGAAGAUGGAUACUGGAACACAUCGUGGUCUGAAGGUGUCCAAUCACUCCAGGCAGUUACUGCUAAAGACUGGCACAAGACAGCGUGCAGCAGAAUGGGUGGACUGUAUCCAGUUUGCAGCACGAUCAACUGGCAGAGACUUCACGACUCCAAACAGACAUGACUCAUUUGCUCCUGUGCGAGAGGACUCAUAUGCUCAAUGGUUUGUUGAUGGCGCCACCUAUUUUGAAGCAGCUGCAGAAGCAAUAGAGAUGGCCAGAGAGGAGGUCUUUAUAACUGAUUGGUGGUUGAGCCCUCAGGUGUAUAUGAAGCGGCCAAUGACAGAAGGAGAUAGAUGGCGCCUGGAUGAACUACUCAGGAGAAAAGCUGAGCAGGGAGUAAAGAUCUUCAUCCUACUCUAUAAAGAGAUGGAGGUGGCCCUGGGCAUUAACAGCUACUAUACCAAACAAAUACUUACCAGAAAGCACCCAAAUUUAAAGGUGAUGAGACAUCCUGAUGGAGUCAGUCUCUGGGCACAUCAUGAGAAGAUCAUUGUUAUCGACCAAAAGGUGGCGUUCCUAGGAGGCCUAGAUUUGGCGUAUGGCCGAUGGGAUGACCCGCGACAUAAAUUAACAGAUUUGGGAUCUGUUGUUCUGAACCAGCCAGCUGACACAAACAGUGUGACAUUCCAGGCUGAUCUCACGACAUCAUCAGAGCCACUCAGUUCUACAAGGACAUCUACAUUUUAUACUGACUUGCCAGACAUAGAUGGCACUGAUGGUGGCCCCUUGGAAGCCCCACAUAGCAUGUCCGAAAAUAGUCAUAAUCCAUCUGCUUGCUUGCCAGAAAGAACAUCAAAUGAGAUGAGCACAAAUAAUAUUGAGCACACAUCGAAUCCUGCUACAAUUGACUGUAAAACAAAUGAUGAGACUCAACAUUCCUCUGAUGAUGGGAAGAACCAAACACCUUGUGGUUCACAUAAAAGAGAUGAUAUCCAAAAUACAUUAUCAGUGCAAGCUGAUGUCAAUCUUGUUUCUGAACAUAAACAGUCAAUGAAUAAUAAACUUGAUGCAAUAGACGAUAACAAAAAUAUAACAGAUGAUAACAAAAAUAAAAAAUUGAUGUUCAAGGAAGAGCAUACAAUUCAAGAACCCAAAGGAGGGGGCGAUAAUCAGAAUGUUUUUGACAUAUCAAAAAUUGAUAAUACAGAAAAGAUUGAGAACAUUGACAAUGCAAUGAAUUUGUUAGAUGAUACCAAAACCAAUGACAAUGACACUGAUGGUAAAAUCAGGCGAAUAUCAAAAAGUAGACGUCCAAAACAACUUUGGUUGAAUCUCUCAGGAGCCAUUUCUUCGACAUUCCGAAGCCGACGGUCUUUGUCACAUGACAGUUAUAAUUUGUAUAAUCUUUCUGAGUCUAGCGGAGCACCCAUGUUGACUGAUAUUAGUGAACCAUCCAGUGUUCAAAAUAACUCAGAAUUGGCGCUUAAUUCUCCAACUAGUGAUACUAGUAUAAAAACAGUACAAUUUCCUUUGACACCUGGUAGUCCCGAAGCAGAGCCAUCUUUUUCUGUUGCCAUGAACCAACAAGGAGUGAAACCAUCAACUCCACCAGCUAGCAGGAAGAAAUUGUCUGGCAUAGUUCUGGCUUCAAUGAUAGCCAACAAGUUUCGCAAAGGAAGGAGAAAAUCUGAGGAAGACUUGAGCAUUUACCCAAUAUUCAUUGAGGAAGCACUGACGCUUAAGAACAUGGGCUUGGAGGGCUCAACUAAACUAUGGAUUGGCAAAGACUAUUGCAAUUUCAUAGCAAAGGACUUCCACGAACUCGACUCUCCAUUCACAGAUUUCAUUGACCGAACAGUCACUCCCAGAAUGCCUUGGCACGAUAUUGGCGCUGUUGUUUUUGGGAAAUGUGCUCGAGACGUCUCAAGGCAUUUUAUUCAACGCUGGAAUUAUACCAAGUUGAAGAAGAUGCGACAAAACAAAGACUGCCCUCUCCUCUUACCCAAAUCUUACAACAAGGUGCAAGUCCCGUCAAAGAUCUCGUCAACAGCUAUAAUGGCAGAUUGUCAGAUAUUACGAAGCGCUGACACUUGGUCUGCGGGUAUACAGCAUACAGAGACAUCUAUCUACCAGGCAUAUAUUAAAGCGAUUCAGCUCGCCAAACACUACAUUUAUAUUGAAAACCAGUUUUUCAUCAGUGUGUCCGGCCAUCCAGUUGUUGAAAAUGCGAUAGGUGACGCCAUCUAUGAAAGGAUAGUCAAAGCCCAUGAAGCUGGUGACACCUUUAGGGUGUUUGUUGUACUACCUUUAUUGCCAGCUUUUGAGGGGGAGUUAGGCACUAAUAAAGGAACAGCCAUCCAAGCAAUCACACAUUGGAACUACCAGUCUAUAUGUAGGGGUGGUAACUCAUUAAUAGAACGGCUGCAGACAAAAGUUGGCGAUCCCUUGAAAUAUAUCAGCUUUUGUGGUCUCCGCACUCACGACACUUUAAAUGGGAACCUGGUAACUGAACUAGUGUAUGUCCACAGCAAGUUAAUGAUCGUGGAUGACGACACAACAAUCAUUGGAUCGGCAAACAUCAAUGACAGGAGCAUGAUGGGUAAACGUGAUAGCGAGAUUGCGAUGAUUGUACGAGAUACCCAACUUGUUAAAGUCAAGUUUGCAGGGAAAGACCACAAGGCUGGAAAGUUUGCAUCCAGUCUAAGGAAAACUCUAUUCAGGGAGCAUCUAGGCCUGACUGUGCAUGAUAAAGUGAGAAUGACUGACCCAAUCGCUGAUGUCUUCUAUAAGGAUGUGUGGAUGAAAUAUGCUGCCACUAAUACAUCUGUCUAUGAUCGUGUUUUCCGUUGUGCACCUAAUGACUACGCCUUGGACUACACAUUGUUGAAAAACUAUGAAAAGGAAUACCCACCUCUUGCUAAAACUGAUCCAGAGCAAGCGAAGAAAGAGCUGGGAAGGGUGAAAGGACACUUGGUGCUAUUUCCAUUGCUCUUCCUCAGUAAGGUGAAUUUGCUGCCUCAGAUCGGUACCAAGGAACACAUGGCACCGACAAUUAUCUGGACUUGAAUCCAGAUAGGUUACCAAGGAACAUAUGGCACCGA